CAUAAAGCAGAAGCAUAUGAGCAGCAAAUUAAUAAGCAAGAAUUAGAGUGUGAUGCUACGCAACCUUCGAAUGAAGAACAACUUCAAGUGAACAAAAAACUAUUAAAAACCCAAAGAAUAGAAAGAAUAGUGGAGGAUCGUGAUGCGAAACCUAAAGAAAGAACCAUAGUCCAAGGAGUCUCAGCAAAACGCAAAGGAGCCAGAACGCCCGAUGCAGAAUUGAGGAUGGCAACGAAAAAAGAAAGCGAUGUGUCACGCGAAAAGUUCAGUGCUUUUCUGUUCAAGAAAAAAAUGACGACAAAGGAGAAAAGUGCUGAAUCAAAAGAGGAAAGAAGAAAAGUUUGUUCAAUAUUAUCAAGAGGGAUCAAGAAAGAUAAGGGUCGUCCCGUAGGAAAAGCAUCUGCGACCAAAGUGGCGGCAGCUAAGGCCAUGGUAGCGUCACCCAUUCCUGGUGAUGAUGAUUACACCGAUUUCGAACCAACAGAUGCGGUAUCUCGACCGGCUCGGGCAGAAUAG